AUGGUUCAGGAAAUCAAGGUGAAACAUGACCAUGUUUGGGCAGUGUUGCUUCUCAAAUUCCGCAAUCCCGGCAACGCAACAAGAACGACGAAGGAAAUAUGCUGUGCUGUAGGACCUUCAGUUGUCUCUUACGACUCCACAAAAGUUUGGUUCUACAAGUUCAAAAACGGUGACUUUGACAUGUCCGAAAAGUUCGAUAUGGUAGAUUAUCAGCGUUGGAGAAACCCCACCUUCUGA